AUGCUCUAAAACUUUAUAUAAGAAUUUGUGCAUACUCAAUUCACAUUGAGGCCAUAGUUGUAUCAAAGGUGCGGUUUUGAGGCUAGAUAUUUGUUUAAUUUUGGAGAAUACUGCGAUCCCAGACAUUAAUUGCCAAUCAGCAUAGUCAUCUGGAGAUUGCCCCCUGCAGAACAAUUAAAAUAAGCAACUCAUCCUCAAAAUGACAUCAUCACUUACAUCUUAAAGGGGCAAUACAGACAAGAUAACUCCAUCUCAGAAAAUUAAUCAUUCAAAGAAGGAGAUGCUGUUUAAUAUAUUUGUGGAAAUGACAAUUCAUAUCACCGAGACAGCAAUAACUCUUAGGAUGUUUCAGAAAUACUAUAAAUUUUCAUCUAAAAUAUUGAUGUCCAAAGGGAUACUUGCUAAUAACUUUACAAGCAUAACUAAAUAAUAAGAAAUGAGAAAUAUUAUGAGAUGUGCAUAUUGCAAGGGGAAUCACUUAUUGACAACACUAAUUUCACCUUUCUUAUUGUCCUCAAUUUAGAUGAAGCCUUAUUGAGCAUUGAUGACAAACUAAACUUAAGAAAGUACGAAUGCCAAUAUUUCAAUACCUUAACUAAAAUUAAAAUUAGUGGUAACAAAUAUAUUGUAAUUAAAUUGCUUUGA